ACAUCUCGCGAGAGCAGAGUGGUACCGUCUUGUAACGUCAAGUGUGCUAACUGUCGACGCAGAAAUAAGCAGUGUCAAUAUUUGUCCUCCAGUUUGUAAAUAAUAAUGUAAAAUAUAUAUCUAAUUCUUUAUUUUAACGAUUAAAUCGUCUCAGUGUGCGAGAAGCACUUUGCUGCUUAUCGUGCUCGUUUAUUGUCAGUUUUCUUAGCUCGCUAGUUACCUUAGCUUGUUAGCUGCUAACAGAAGACACUGAAGUUAUCAACACAUCGCUAAGUAGAGAUCAAGUGUGAGAGUAAAGUGUUGUGAUUGUGUGAAAAUGUCUACAUUACAAAUGUUGAAAGCGCUGGUGGAUGAGCGACUAACUGCUGCCGUUGAGGAAAUAUUUGUAGUGUUAGAAAGAACGAUAGCGGAAUACGAGGCGGAACUUUCUCGAACAAAGGAGGAGAACAAUCGACUACUGGACGCUGUUUUCUCGAAACAUCAAGUUGUGUUACACAGAACAGACGUCCAGCAGGUGUCAGCAGAGAGUCACGAAGUGAUUCCCUCUAAGCAGCAGGCGUGGAGCUCCAGUGUGGGACAGAAGGAGCUACAGGCCCCCUCCCACAUUAAAGAGGAAGAAGAGGAACUGUGGGAGCAGCUUCAAAGAUUGGAGGAGGCUAAUGAUGAAAAUGAAGCUCAGUCCUUACAGCUUCAUCACAGUCAAAGUGAGGUGAACAGAGGGGCGGAGCUUGUAAGUCAACACAUCACAGAAGCUGAUGGAGAGCAUUGUGAAGAUAUAAAGUCAGAACCAGACAGCAUCUUUGGUCCACUGUCAGACAUGGACCACAUGAUGUCGGACACUUCUGAUCACAGUGACCACAUCCAAAAACCUUUGGAGAGUAAAAAUGACUCUAAAAGUGAUACGAGACAUCACACUAACAACAAACACUUUGACUGCUCUGAAUGUGGGAAAUCAUUUAGACGGAAGACUAAUUUUAGAGAACACAUGAGAGUACAUACUGGAGAGAAACCUUUUAUUUGCUCAGUUUGUCAGAAGAGUUUCUCUAGAAAGCUUGACAUGACCAAACACAUGAGAACACACACUGGAGAGAAACCUUUUGCUUGCUCAGUUUGUUCUAAACGAUUCAACACGAAGUAUGAAAUUAUGUUACACAUGAGAAUACACUCUGGAGAGAAACCUUUUACUUGCUCUAUUUGUAAGAAGAGUUUCUCCAGAAAUUAUCACAUGACCACACACAUGAGAACACACACUGGAGAGAAACCAUUUCAUUGCACUGUGUGUGAUAAAACAUUCAGGUUCAAGCAGCAGGUCAGUAAACACAAGUGUGUAACAGUCAUGGAAGCUGCAGGGAUUUAAAAAUACUUAAACAGUGAUUGUGCUAAAUGUCCUUUAAAAAAAACACAGCAUGUUUAAUAUGCAUGUAUAUUUGAUGUAUGUAGUGCUUCUCAUCUUCUACUAUUAUAUGUUGUCCUGUAGAUCCUUUUUAAGCUGUGUGCAUUUAUUGAAUGUUAUAUUUGUCGCUACUAUUUCAUUCUAUUUUCUCAUUGUUAAACAGAGGACGUCUUAUAUGUAUAUUUUUCCACACCUUUUUUCUAUUUGAUUUAUUUUUAUGUUAUUAUCCAAUUGAAGGUAUGAAUGAAUACAUUUGUUUAGAAAAUGUGGACUCUGGCAGAUUAGCAGCAUUGUUACAUCAUGGAUGUUAACUACUGCAAAACAUCAACAAAGAAGAACAAGGCUGAAGUUAGCAACACAUCACUGAACUUCAGAGCCACCGUGAGUGGAGUUGGUUGUUUUUAUUGCUGCAUUUGUACUUAUUUCACCUCGCAUCUUCACUUUUAAUCCCAAAGUCUUCUUCAUAUAUAUUGUUUGUAGGCUUCAAAGAUUCAUGUUUCUGAUGUGUGUAGUCUACUGUGGAAAGAGUUGUCCCUUGUGGAUUCAUUUGUUCACUUGCACAGAUACGUCAUCAUCAUCAUCAUGUCAUUUUAUUGUUAACAAUCAAAUAUAAAGUUAGUAAAGAUGUGAGAGUAAGAAAUAAACAAACCUGUUCUGUGUAACAGAACUUGAUGUUUCUUGAAAACAGCGUCCAAUAGUUGAUUGUUCUCCUCUUUUGUUCUAGAAAGUUCUGCCUCGUAUUCUGUUAUCGUUCUUUCUAAUACUAGUUGAUAACUUCUGCGUGUUUUCUCUUAGCAGCUAACAAGCUAAGCUAACUACAAAGCUAAGCUAACUAACAAUAAAAGAGGACGAGAAGCAGCAAAGUGGUUCUCGCGCACCGAUACGAUUUUAUCCUUGAAUAAUUAAUUAAACAUGUGUUUUAUAAGACAUUAAUAUUUACCAACUGGAGGAGAAAUAUUAACACUUCGUAUUUUUUUAUGCAUAAAGGUGCUUUCACGACAAUUCGCACACUUGACGUUACAAGACGGUACCACUAUGCUCUCGCCAGAUGAUUCAUGCGCAGGAGAGUCAAAGAAACGUAGUUUGCUUAAGGGCCUUUGCCUUAGUUAUUAUCAUUUGUGCUGAAGUUGUACUUUUUCUAUCUGUGCAAAGCCAGUAGUCUCGUAUCAGUGUUUGUUUCCAGAAUCGGCCUGCUGACUGCCAAGGGCGAACAUCGAGUACCGGGACGCAAGCAAAGCAGAGACAGGGCGAUAUCACGAGUGUCAGCACAUUUGCAUUUCAUUUAUAGUCUUAUAUUGUGUCUAACUUGGGCUGUUGAGAUUACUCCUUUCCCUCAGCGACAGCGUCAGUGAUGUAACCAGGGACCUCCCAAAUAAAUAGAGGCAGCACGUGGGCUGGAGUUUAGAGCCUAGUUUGGAUCUGUAACUAGAGUUCAGCCCAAACGUCUCUCCUCAUUGAGCAAAAAAAUUUAACUCUGUGUCUGCAUGAUUCCUUAAUUCUUGUUUGUUUAAUAGAUGUCAUCAGUGUAUGAACCUGACAUAAUUAUAAUAAUACAUAUUGUAUUCAAAUAAAAUUAUAUACACAUACGCAUUUACACACAUUAACCUAAUGUUUACAUAUAU